AGAACCUCCAACUUUGUCGAGCCUUCGAAACCGGAGCCGUAGCGAAUUGAUGACUUUGUUUACGGAAUAAUGAGCUUUGAAAGAGACGUGACGUCGCGGCAGCUUUUGCGACACAAAAUUAGAGUCAAGCCGUACGCAGUACAAAUCGAUGGAGCGCGGGGGGAGGUGGAGGCGGAAGGAGUGAUUGGAGUAAAUGGUGUAGGCCUUCCAGAGCUCGCUGCUUUCCCCCCUCGCUCGAUCCUUCCUCGUUCUGCGGACAUAUGCUGAUUGACAGCGGAAUGUUCCCUUCGCAGCCUGUGCACGUAACCAUUGCGCAGCUCGACAUGAACCAUGUGACCCGACCGGGUUGCCUACAUUGAUCGCCCAGAUGGUGGAAGGAAGAGGAGGCUGGAGGAUUUUUCCGGGUUGCCGUUGUUGAUGUGCGGCCGAGGAGAUCAAUGCUGCUCUGGGCUGAGCUUGUAUGAAAUGCGGGUAAAUGCGGGGCGUCCGAUGGAUCGGAGGUCUGUUUAUGGCUGGUGAAUUUCCUCGAUUCCAUCAGUCGCGUUGAGAAGAUAUUUGGCGCUGGAACUUGGCGCGUCUGCUAUGAAACCUGAUCUGCAUGUGAUGCUGCUGUUGUGCGAGUGUGGAAGUGGAGGGGGGAUCAACAGACAUGUGCAGGAGGGGGAAUCAACAGACAUGUGCAGAAGCAACACGGGGCCAGGAGAUACAUCUAAACUUUACGAGGCUGAAGUUUGAAGCUCCGCAUCUAGCCGCUGCGCAUUAUUUGAAGUGCGCUCACGGAAAGGCGUAUUGAAGAAAUAAGUCGCGUCCAUCUACGAGCUGGCAAGGCAAAUUGGAGGCUGGCGUAUGUUGUGCCACUGUGAAUAAAGUGAAGAAUCGAGCGAAAUUGAUGCCGUUCAGGAAUAGUUUUUUUUGGAAGACGUAUAUUUGCAACUCCAAAGAUGGGAGAACUCUCUUUGCGAAAGUUGUUGAAAGAUCGGUGGCUGGGACUGUGUUUAGGCCUGUGGAUGCAAGCCUGCGGAGGCAUAUCGUAUGUAUUUUCCCUGUAUUCAGCCGACUUGAAGCGUACAAUGAGUUACAAUCAAGAGAUGAUUGACGGUUUGGGCACAGCCAAGGAUAUUGGUGGCAAUGUCGGAAUUAUAUCUGGUCUGCUGAUCGAUGUAACGUCCGCUUGGUUCGUGCUUCUUGUCGGUGGAUGUCUGCACUUUCUGUUUUACACGCUGCUAUACCUGUCUGCUACAGGUCAAAUCUCACCGUCACAUUGGCAGAUGUGUAUCAUUAUUAUGCUAGGUACCAAUGGAGCGACGUGGUUCAACACAGCCGUGCUCGUGACAUGUAUGCGAAAUUUUCCUUCAGACAGAGGGGUUGUCGUGGGUCUUCUGAAAGGUUUUAUCGGACUUAGUGGUGCUAUAUUCACCCAGGUCUACACUGCAGUGUAUGCACCAAAUACUGGUCCAUUCCUGUUAUUCUGUGCAAGUGUACCGCCUCUUGUAGCUUUCGUGUCAAUGCUCAUCAUACAACCAGUUGAGACACCUAAGCAGAAGGAUGAAUCUGACAAGCUGAAGUUCAAAAUUCUCUAUGUUGUAGGUUUGGUUCUAGCCUUUUACCUCAUGGCAGUAAUUCUUAUCCAGGAUUUCCUUGUUGUGAGCAAAGGUGUAAGUGGAUUCUUUAUGGCCGUGAUGCUUGUCAUCCUACUGCUUCCUGGAAUUAUACCUUGGCGUUGGGGACGAGGGCAACAACCGAGAGGAUAUCAUAAGCUGGCGGUAGAUGUACCAAUGUCAUACUCUCCUUCAACAGUGCAUACUCCUACAAAGCACCAUCAUCUAGAGCCACUGCUUGUGUCGAAGACCGCAACUGCUAUUGACGUUGCUAAUAAGAUUCACGACGUUCAAAAUGGAGGAAUCAAGGCCGGCCUUCCUGAAACUCCUUCGAAGUUGAAAACUAGGCUUGGUCAGGAUCAUACACUAUUACAGGCUGUCAAUACCCAAGACUACUGGUUACUGUUUUUUGCCAUGGGUUGUGGCACAGGCAGUGGUCUUACAGCUAUUAACAACUUAGCUCAGAUGGCGGAAUCCUUAGGAUCAAGGAGCAUAGGAGCCUUUGUGGCACUCGUCAGUGUCUGGAAUUUCUUAGGACGUAUGGGCUCCGGGUACCUUUCAGAGCACUAUAUGAACAGACAUGCUACACCUAGACCUCUUUUUCUUCUGGUGGUGCAGCUUGUUAUGGCGUCUGCUCAUCUACUAUUCGCCUCGUCUGUUCCUACAUUGCUCUAUCUCGCAUCUGUGCUGGUUGGACUAGCACAUGGAGCUCACUGGACACUGAUGGUUGCAACGUCAUCUGAGUUAUUUGGGCUGCAACAUUUUGGAGCUCUCUACAACACCCUGAGUAUUUCAUCCACAAUUGGAUCGUAUAUUCUCUCGGUCAAGCUGGCUGGCUACUUGUACGACCGUCAGGUCGCAGCAGCUGAAGCCUUGGCACUUGCGGCCGGACAGGGAGCAAGUAGCUCUCAUAAAUGUGCAGGACCAGAGUGUUUCCGGUCCACCUUCUUGGUCAUGGCCUGCGUUUGUGGCGUAGGUUGCAUAGCAUUGCUGCGACUAGUCGGCCGGACUAAGAAAGUCUACCGAGACAUGUACAAGCAGCAACAGGCCAAGGAUGCUCUGAAAGAGAACGAAGAAAGGCUGGAUGCCACAUCGCCGUUACUGCCCAAAGACUCUAUCAACGGCGAAGCCAUACGUACCGAUAGCCCCAUAUACAAAGCUAGCACGCUUUCCGAUGCGCAUUUACGACACCAUGCACCAGUAAGGACAGAUUGAAGCACGGGGGUGGUUAUCAGCUGAAAAGUCAAGAUUUUUUUCAUUCUUCUUUUGUCUGUUGUCAACGGACUAAUGCAGUACUGUCAUUCAGCUGAUCUUGUUGGUGACGCUUUGUGAAUAUUACCCACAUUUAUCAGAUGCUCUGCAGUAUGCAAUUCUUAUUGAGGCUCUGUUUGGAAACGAAGGGUGUACCGAAAGCUAACAUACUCAAGAGGCCCUUCUAACAGUUUUAGCUAUAAUGUAAGAUUUAUGUUGUAGUACGAAAACAGUUAUUAGAGCUUGUGCUCGUUUUUACUUGGAUGGCUGCGUUUUGUAAUCUGACUUGGGCAAUAAACGUGGCAUACGCUUCAUUCAUAUCUCGAAUAAAUUCCUUGUUCUUUGUGUCCGUCUUUGUUCAAGGAACCCAUCAUGACUUUUGCGAUCUACUUUACAGCUGUACGUAAUCUUUACGUAUUAUACGGCUUGAUGUAGGCGACUUGAUAGUUGUCAUUAAGACUGAUCAAAGACAUGAGGUUUUGAGGGCAUUUCACUUCUUCUUCAGUGGGCUCUACUCCAGGCCAAGGAGCUCUACUCCAAGCCCCUUGGUUGUAUAGCAUUUAUCACAUCUGUAGUUACGAAAGCAUGAAGGUCAUGACCUAUAUACACUCACCUGAGGAAUAUUGCCUACAAUUAUAACCU